UCGAAGAUAGAGCCACAUUCAGCCUUCCACUGCCAAGGAGAGCACUUCGCGUAACUUCGGUCCUCGGUUUCGAAUAUUUUUUUAAGUGAUUCAGUGUGUUGUGUUCAACUAAAAUAUCCAGAAAAUCAUGCUGAAAUUUAUUCUUCCCUGCCUGGCACUUCUGGCCGUGAGCGGAGCCCUGAAGAUCCACGACUACCACCAGGGCCACGAGGAGUACGAGCACCACCACGAACACCACGAGCCGGAGCACCAGGCCCACUACGAGCCGGAGCACGAGGAGACGGAGCUGCACCACGAGGUGGACCACAAGCACGCCACGUCGCACCAGAGCGUCAAGUUCCAUCACUACCAUGCCGUGCCCGUCUACAUCAAGAAGGAGGACCAGCACCUCGUGAAGAAGCCCAUCGAGAUCGGCGGCACAAAGCAGAAGCUGAAGAUCCUGCACCCGAAGAGCGAGCACAACCACAACCACGGCCUGGUGCUGGAGAACCACAGCGAGUCGCACGUCCACGAGCACGGCCACUACGAGGAGCCGGUGCAUCAUUCGGAGCACUACGAACACUACUCGCACCACGAGUAGGAUCUGAAUCGGGAUUCCUGUCAAGGAUUCUGGACCCGAAUCGGGAAUGCCAAAUGAGCUGUAGGGUUUUCGUUUAGCGUCUAAGGUCUUUCUACGUUAAUUUUUUUGUGUUAAUAAAGCGUUCGCCUAGAGUAUAGAGUAUACCAUCCAAAUCAAGCGCUGUUUUAUUAUUUUAACAUUUGUGAAU